GGUAGCAUGUUUACUCGAUACCGUUAAGUUCAAUAUCUGCACUUCAUAUCCUGCUUUCUACUGUUAUCGUAGCCAGUCUAGGUGGUACAGCCAAUAGGAAGCAUAUAGCCUCCUUUCGAAUCCCUCACAGCAUCUUGCUUUGCGAUGUCCAAAAUAGACUCCAAUGUACAGCCUGAGUUCGACUUCUGGGAAUUUGUCGCAUGUUCGUCUUGCCAUCUGCCAUUUUCAACGGACGCUGGUGGACAGCCUCAAGUACCUUUCUGGAUUACGGAAUGUGGACACGUUGUCUGCAACCACCAUCUGAGACCCGACCAACGUUGUGCCGAAUGCGGAGCACAAGGCAUCCAGGUUGCACCUUUGCAGAGAGAGAUGGACGCGCCCAUGUCAGAUUGGUUUCGUUCAGCGCCUCAAGCGAUGGACGCGGUAGCUUACUCCAUAAGGUUUCAAAUAGAAACUAUGGCGUCUCUUGUGCGUUAUUAUAAGCGGAAGUGCUCUCAGCAACAUUCCCUCUUGGAACGCGCCAAAGCUGACGUGCAGGAGAAGAAGUUGUUGCGAAAACAAGUUGAAGAGUUGCAGGCCGAGAAUCAGCAUUUGCGCAACUACACGGGGUAUGGUCAGUACGAACCUUCCGAAACUGUCAAUGUCAACGGCAAGAGACGGAUGACUGCUAUUAAGCGGCAUGCAAAUGGCGUCCACAGCGAUUCCAGUCCUAGGUCGAUAACUAUCGCUGUAGGUCCGGAUAGAUUGACACUGCCCGUGGCUCAGCAACAUCGAACUUCCUCCAUGCGACAGCAAUUUAACAGUGACGACAGCAUAUACCAGCAUUCUCAAGCUCGCUACAUGAGCAGCCAUUCUGUUCCCAGAGAUCGUCCUGGUUCUAGUCGUUUUGUAGAGCAAUUUGCCUAUGAUCCUCCGCCAACUCAGCAGCUCAAUCAAAGUGCGAUGCCGGCGCUCUCGCGCACACCUGGACGCCUCGCAGAUCAGUCAAACGCUCGGAAAUCCUCUCAAGCAAACACAAAUUUUCAGAAUUCUAUGAUGCCGCCCCCUUCUGCUAGGAAGAUGAUGCCUCCUCCGCCGACUCCACAGCUGGCGUCCGGAUGGACCCUACGUCCUGCGCACCUACAACACCCUUCUGUUGAUUUGAUGCAGCCGCAAGCCAAUGCCUCGAAUAGGCCGACUGCUGCUACUCCUCUCCGGAAGUCUGGACAAACUACCUCUAAUGCCAAUUUGAACCGCUUUUUGCCUUCUCUCGCGCAGAAUCAAGUCCCGCCACAGCAAAAGACUAGUCACCCUCAGCGCUUUGUACUUCCUACGGCAUCAAGUAAUCAAACAGCUCUUCCACAUCCAUCAUCUAGGAAUGUCAAUGGCAGUGGACAGAGAACUCAAUUUGUGCCUACACCAAGAGGACCUAAAUAACCUCUGUUGUAUGUGUUUACAUGGCUAAUACUAUGCAUGUAUGCUGUUGCCUUUUCUUCUUACAUACUUGAGAUGCAAUUUAUCACUGGCAUAAGUUCAGGUAGUAUCUGAUCUUUGGUAAAAAUGUGAUCAUACUUUUAUCUUUUUAUAUACACCUUCCAGGCAUACAUAUAUAAAGAAUAUUGGAAGAAUAUUGGAAGUUCUCCAAACACUACCAUAAAUUAAAAUCAUACUG